CAGCUCCUCGCUCUUCUCCCCUUUGAUGAUUUGAAGAUUUCAGGAAAACCGGUGGUGACGUCAGCCUGACCCGUCCGCCAUGUUGGCUUCUCCAGAGAACGGACAUCACAAGGAAGGAGCCGGGGCCGCUCCUGUGAGGACUCAGACUGAAUAAACGCUCCCCCCACCCAAUGUGACUGCACAGCCUCAUACUGUCGCCCCUCCAUAUUGGUCAGGAUGGGAGACCCCCGUACAGUUACUGUGUAUACCCUGCCCCCAUGUAUGGAGUCGCUGCCCUUUAACCACAUCUGUUGCUUUCCCCGGCGCUGAUCCCUUUAUAUGUAUGAGACGUCGCCUGCGCAAGAAAACCCUUCACUGUCCCCCUUCCCACUGUGACCUGCUUCUGUGCGUGCCGCCCCUCACCCUGCUGCAAGGACCCUGGAGGUGAAAGAGUUAAUCAGUGACCACCCUGGAAACCAGGAACUUAUACAUUGUGGAUUGUCCUUCAGGCGGCUCUCAGGAUGGGGGCUCCUGUCUGGCGGUGGCGGCUCUCAGGAUGGGGGCUCCUGUCUGGCGGUGGCGGCUCUCAGGAUGGGGGCUCCUGUCUGGCGGUGGCGGCUCUCGGGAUGGGGGCUCCUGUCUGGCGGCUCUCAGGAUGGGGGCUCCUGUCUGGCGGUGGCGGCUCUCAGGAUGGGGGCUCCUGUCUGGCGGCUCUCAGGAUGGGGGCUCCUGUCUGGCGGUGGCGGCUCUCAGGAUGGGGGCUCCUGUCUGGCGGCUCUCAGGAUGGGGGCUCCUGUCUGGCGGUGGCGGCUCUCAGCAUGGGGGCUCCUGUCUGGCGGUGGCGGCUCUCAGGAUGGGGGCUCCUGUCUGGCGGUGGCGGCUCUCAGGAUGGGGGCUCCUGUCUGGCGGCUCUCAGGAUGGGGGCUCCUGUCUGGCGGUGGCGGCUCUCAGGAUGGGGGCUCCUGUCUGGCGGUGGCCGCUCUCAGGAUGGGGGCUCCUGUCUGGCGGUGGCGGCUCUCAGGAUGGGGGCUCCUGUCUGGCGGUGGCGGCUCUCAGGAUGGGGGCUCCUGUCUGGCGGUGGCGGCUCUCAGGAUGGGGGCUCCUGUCUGGCGGCUCUCAGGAUGGGGGCUCCUGUCUGGCGGUGGCGGCUCUCAGGAUGGGGGCUCCUGUCUGGCGGUGGCGGCUCUCAGGAUGGGGGCUCCUGUCUGGCGGCUCUCAGGAUGGGGGCUCCUGUCUGGCGGCUCUCAGGAUGGGGGCUCCUGUCUGGCGGCUCUCAGGAUGGGGGCUCCUGUCUGGCGGUGGCGGCUCUCAGGAUGGGGGCUCCUGUCUGGCGGUGGCGGCUCCUGUCUGGCGGUGGCGGCUCUUUGCCUGGGGGGCUCCUGUCUGACUCAGCCUCCCCCUCAGUGCUGCAGUCGCCAUCUUUUCCAGAGCUUCUGAGGCUGGAUACAUUGUACUACCCUUUUUUUGGGGGGAUUUUAUUUGAAUAGGUUUUUGGGUGGGGUGUGGAGUGGUUGCGGGGGUCCGACUGCUCCUCAUCACGUCUGUAUAAUGUGCUGCAGUGAUGGUUACAGGAAUAAACUCUUCUCUUGUC